UACUGUGACACUGUCCACUGAUACAAACGUAACCCUUCAACCAAAAAAAAAGUCAAUCGCCGCCGCACACAACCUUCCAGUCACAACCGCCGCCGCACCAACCACCGUAUCCGUCACGACAAUGUCCAUCGCCGCCAUCGUUUCACCUCCUCUUCUUCGAUCACUUCCCGCCACUUCUCCGUCAUCAUUCCCCCUCACCUAUUCCUUAAAACCCUUGUCUUUCUCCCUCCAAUUAAACGUUUCUCCUCUCCGAAACCCUAAUUUCCAAUUCACUGUUUCCGCAAUGAGCGUAACCGCUCAGGAAAACCUCUCUCCGACAUCAUUCCUUGACAAUAAAGAAACCGGAUUUCUUCAUUUCGUCAAGUAUCAGGGCCUCGGUAACGACUUUAUCAUGGUUAAUAAUCUUGAUUCGAUGGAGCCGAAAGUGACUCCGGAGCAAGCUGUUAAGUUGUGUGAUAGGAACUUUGGCAUUGGAGCAGAUGGAGUGAUAUUUGCAAUGCCUGGAUGCAAUGGGACUGAUUACACUAUGAGGAUAUUUAAUUCAGAUGGUAGCGAGCCGGAGAUGUGCGGUAAUGGAGUUCGUUGUUUUGCAAAGUUUAUUUCAGAUCUCAACAACUUGAAUGGAAGGCAAAGUUUUACUGUUCAUACUGGUGCUGGAUUGAUCAUACCUGAGAUACAACCUGAUGGGAAGCGUCAACUGUAUCGAGCAUUACCUGGAAGGCUGGAACUGGAAGCAAAAACGUAUUAUUUCAAUGUUAAAGUUGACAUGGGUGAGCCGGUACUGAAGGCCUCAGAUAUUCCCACUAAAAUACCACCAAAUAAAAACGAAUCUGUUGUGAAAGCACAAAUUGAGGUUGAUGGAGUUAACUGGAACGUGACAUGUGUCAGUAUGGGAAAUCCUCAUUGUGUCACUUUCGGCACUGAAAACCAGAAUUUGGUGGUUGAUGAAAUAAAUUUGGCUGAUAUCGGGCCUAAGUUUGAACAUCACACACUAUUCCCUGCUCGAACCAACACAGAAUUUGUGCAAGUGUUCUCUCGUUCACAUCUAAAAAUGCGUGUUUGGGAGCGUGGUGCUGGAGCGACUUUAGCCUGUGGGACUGGAGCAUGUGCGGUAGUUGUUGCUGCGAUCCUUGAGGGUCGUUCUGAGAGAAAUUGUACUGUUGAUUUACCCGGUGGGCCGUUGGAAAUAGAAUGGAGAGAGGAAGAUAACCACGUGUACAUGACCGGUCCAGCAGAAGUAGUGUUCUAUGGAUCUGUUCAGCUUUAGAUUUCUUAACAAUUCCAUAAGGAUUUUCAAGAUUUGUGGCAUGUGUUUUGUAUUAUGGUCGGUUGGUGGGUGUAGACCUGUCAACUUUUAACCAAUUGCAUAAAACAUGGUAGGUUUCUGUAGAAUUUGAUACAUUCUGGGUGUAAUUGGGCCAUGAUUGGUACUAUGUUAUGAUGGGAAGAGUGUAAUGGACGGUGGCUUGCUACUUGCCAUGACCACUAAUUCCCAAUCGUUUUCACAGC